UUCCCACUCGGGGCGACGCAUGAGUACGGCCACCGUUUCUACUUUCGCCGGCGCCGUUCCGCCUUCCGCGCGCGCGCGACGCCGUGACCUGUGAGCCUGUCGCGCUUCUGCCCUGUGCCCAUCCCGGCGUCUCUGCCUCCGGCCCUCCGCUUGCCGAGACGCGCUGCACCGGCGCCGUCCGCUGCUGCUGCCGCAACCUGCAGGAAGCCAAUAGGUUAUUGAGCUUUUCCCUUCACUUCAGAACGGGUCACAACAUGGGCGAAGGUUCUGAGUUUGAUGAGUGGGAAGCCAAAACUUAUGCAGGCCUGAUUUCAGGAGAUUUGAAAGUUAAAAAUGGUGAGGUACAAGUGCCCUUUCUGUAGCUCUGGCAGAAAGGGAUAUUUCCGUAUAAAUCGCUUGCUUCGGCGCGCCUCGAUAGUAGCAGGUGCUUCAACCAACUCCGGAGUGAAAGCAACCCACAGUGCUCUCAUCAAGCAUUUGAACAAUAGCCAUGGUAAAUCAUCUGAGCCACAGUCCCAGCAGGUAGCCAUGGAGCCAAGACUCCCUGAGUAUAGAGGUAAGCAGUAUGUCUGGCCAUGGAUGGGUGUUCUAGUUAACGUGCCUACCAAAUGGGAAGAUGGCCAUCGGGUCAGAGCAAGUGCAGCUAGGUUGAAGGAGCAACUAUCACAUUUUCGCCCGCUAAAGGUCACUGCUUUAUGGAAUGCUAGAGGUCAUACAGGGACUGCUAUUACUGAAUUCGGAAACGACUGGAGUGGAUUUGAAAAUGCACGGGCCUUUGGAAGUUACUUCAUGGCAGAAGGGCAUGGUAAAACAGAUUGGAAGAAAAAAAAAGAAUGGCUACUCAGGGCUUUUCAGCUGGGUUGCAAUGGAUGUAUUAGUGAGAAGCAGCAGCAAGCUCGCAUACAUUCACUGGCUAUUAUUGAGAAGAACCAAAAGCUGCGUUUGGAACUGGACUCCAAGAUAAAUGAACUUGACGUGAACACUGAACAGGAGAAACAGAUGAAUGCUAUGAAAUCAAACCAUCUUAAGAUGGCAAUGCUAGAACAAGAGAGAGCCGAGGAGAAUGUGCUGAAGUGUCUGGAAGAACAAGUGUUUUAUCAAAAGAAGACCCUUGAAUUUCAAAUACAACAGACGAAGGGAGAACUAGGUGUGAUGAAGCACAUGCCAAACGUUGAAGGUUCAGAAUCGAAGAAUAAAAUGGAUGAGUUGAAUAAGAAGCUGAAAGAAAUGGAGGAUGAACUGGAUGUGCUGAGUAAGGAGUUGAAAGAAAAAGAGGAUGAACUGGGCAAAAUGCAGUCACACACCAACACUCUUGACUUUCAAGGACAGGGAAAGCAAUGCUAUGUUACAAGAAGCUCGAAACAAGCUGAAAAAAGGCAUUCUUUAACUUUCUACUAGUGGCCGAGCACAUAUAGGAAUCAAGGUAGUAGGGCAGCUUGAUCUGAAAUCUUUCUUAAAUGCUUGUCGACAGAGGCCGUCAAAAGGUGAUGCAGCACUUUGUGCUGCCGAACUUUGUUCAGAGUGGCAAAAUCAAAUUACAAAUUCAAAUUGGCAUCCAAUUAAGGUUGUCGAGGUUGAUGGGAAGAAGCUGGUUCUGUACCACAUCUCUGUACUUGCAAUAAUGCACGGCAAUGGUUGAUGGGAAGAAGCUGGAGAGGAUAAUCGUGGACGAUGCGAAGCUCCGGAAGCUGAAAGAUGAGUACGGCCAAGAAGUCUAUGCAGCAGUGACGAAGGCGCUGCUCGAGAUAGACGAGCACAAUGGCAGCGGCAGGUACUGCAAACCGGUGGUGUGGAACUUCAAGGCAGACCGGAGAGCGACGCUGACGGAAGGCGUCCGGUUCAUCAUAAAGCAGUGGCAAUCGCACAAGAGGAAGCGCUGAGCUGUUGGACCUGGAGACUGGAGUAGCCUUCGACCAUCGUGUGCUGCUGUCUGCUCUCCACCUGACGUUCUCGAUGUUUUGGUGCACGAGGCUUGAGCACUCGGUAGUAGAGUAGUAGAUGAUGGUGAGCCACCAUGGGUCGCUUUGUGCCGGGGUCUGUAAACGUAAAAAAGCCGUAAACGCUUAAAGGAAUCUUACUAAUUUGAAGUACUAAA